AAACUAAUAGAUUAAACAAGUCGAUCUAGUGAUCAAUACAAUCCAUGUCUACACCCUCCCAAUCUCUCUUCUUCAUGUUCUUCUUUCACAUAAUCCAUAUCAAGGCUAUCUACAAUGACUUUAUCUACGCAACCUGCACCUCCCAAGAAACAUACCAACCCAACUCCCCUUACGAAUCAACCUUACACAAUUUGCUUACUUCCAUGGCCAUUUCUUCCUCUCGGAGCCUCUACGGAAGCUUUUCCAUCGCUAACGACAACUCGUCCGAGGCUUCCAUGUAUGGUCUUUACCAGUGUCGUGGCGAUCUCAACCUAAGAGAGUGUUUGAAGUGUGUUGAGAGCGUAGCCGACCAAGUUCAAUUGGCAUGUCCGCACAUGUAUGGCGCGAGUCUCCAACUAGAGGAAUGCUUCAUCAGAUACGAACGUAGUGAUUUUCUUGGAAAGUUGGAUACGGGAAUUAGAUAUAAGAAGUGCAGUGAAAUCGUGAGUGAGGACGCAGAGUUCUUGAAGAGAAGAGACGACGUCUUGACUGAUUUGAUGGUGGCGACAUCCUUUAAAAUCAGCACAUCAGGGUUGGUAGAGGGAUUUGCACAAUGCCUUGGCGACGUAAGUGUAACCGACUGCUCAGCUUGUCUAGCGAAUGCUGUUCAGAAACUGAAGACAAUUUGUGGACCAGCUGAGGCUGUUGAUGUUUAUCUUGCUCAAUGCUAUGCAAAGUAUUGGGCCUCGGGAUACUAUCGUUUGCCAAUAGGUACACAUGUAAAAUUUUGUUUGUUUUUACAUGUUUCUAGUUUAUUUAUCUUGAAUUGUGUGUUUGAACAUGUUUAAUAGAUUCUUCCAAUGAGGAUGAUGUUGGGAAGACAAUAGCAAUAAUUGUUGCUGUGGUGGCUGGUAUUGCGGUUUUCAUUGUUCUUUUAUCGGUUUGUAGAAAAUGAUAAAAGUAAUAAUAAUUUGAUUCUUCUCGGUUU